GACAUCGGAUCCAUCUCUGUCAUUGUCCCCAAAUCCAUGGCCAAUUCCAUACUGAACACCAGGCUGAUUUCCUAUUCGGGAUGUGUCACCCAAGUUUUUCUUGUCCUCUUUUUCAUUCCAGCAGACCUUGCCAUCCUCACCAUCAUGGCUUACGACCGAUACAUCGCCAUCUGCAAACCACUGCACUAUGCGACAGUGAUGAACAGGAGAGCUUGUCUACAAAUGGCAGCCACGGCCUGGAGCACUGCUCUUCUGUACUCUGCCCUGCACAUGGGGAACACCUUUAGGCUGCCCUUCUGCCACUCCAACAUUGUCAACCAGUUCUUCUGUGAAGUCCCCCAGCUCCUUAGGAUUUCUUUCUCAGAGGUGUUUACUAGUGAAAUUCAGAUUAUUAUCUUUGGUGCAUGUUUAAGUGCUGGUUGCAUUGUGUUUAUAUUUGUGUCUUAUAUUCAGAUAUUCACUACUGUACUGAGAAUCCCCUCUGAGCAGGGCCGGCACAAAGCAGUUUCCACCUGUCUUCCCCACCUCAUUGUUGUCACCUUGCUGGUUAGCACUGCUCUGAUCGCCCAUGUGAAGCCCACAUCUGGGUCCCCAUCAGCUCUGGACCUCGUGGUGUCUGUUCUCUAUUCCAUGAUCCCACCA